CGUAAAGACUUUAUCAUAAAAAAAGAUGAAGAGAAAUAGCCUAUUGCGACCACGCUCCAUGUCGAUUGGCAAAAAAUCAGAGGCGGUUAAGGUGGUGGUGCGGUGCCGCCCUUUAAACAAGAAGGAAGAGGCGAUGAAUCGAGAAAGAAUUGUUGAAGUAGAUGUCAGACUGGGACAGGUGAGCGUGCGUAAUCCCAAAUCAUCCGGAAGCCUCGUAAAAACAUUCACGUUUGAUGCUGUCUAUGACGUGGGUUCAAAACAAUACGACUUAUAUGACUAUGCAUGCAAACCUCUAAUUGACUCUGUUUUGCACGGAUUCAACGGAACUAUAUUUGCUUAUGGCCAAACUGGCACUGGCAAGACAUAUACAAUGGAAGGUGUGCCCACAAACCCUGAGACGAGGGGAGUCAUCCCAAAUUCAUUUCAGCAUAUUUUCACUCAUAUAUCUAGAUCUCAGAACCAACAGUAUCUCGUGAGAGUGUCUUACUUCGAAAUAUAUCAAGAAGAGAUACGAGACCUCCUCUGCAAGGACAACAAUAAAAAAAUGGAGAUCAAGGAAAAUCCAGACUUGGGCGUCUAUGUCAAAGAUCUCUCGUGUGUGGUGACUAAGAACAUAAAGGAGAUUGAACAUGUCAUGAACUUGGGGAACCAAUCAAGAUCCGUCGGAUUCACCAAAAUGAACGAGCGUAGCUCCAGAUCUCAUGCGAUUUUUGUCAUAACCAUUGAAUGCAGCGAAAUGGGCAUUGAUGGUAAGGACCACAUUCGUGUCGGAAAGUUAAACAUGGUGGACCUUGCGGGCAGUGAGCGGCAAAGCAAAACAGGUGUGCAGGGACAAAGGUUUAAAGAGGCUACGAAGAUAAACUUGUCCCUUUCCGCUCUUGGAAAUGUUAUUUCGGCUUUGGUGGAUGAGAAGAGUACCCAUGUUCCCUAUCGGGAUUCCAAACUCACCCGGCUGUUGCAGGACUCCCUCGGAGGCAACGCUAAAACUGUUAUGGUGGCCACCAUUGGACCAGCUUCGUGCCACUACGAUGAGACUCUCACCACACUGAGGUACGCCAACAGAGCAAAGAACAUCAGGAACAAGCCAAAGAUCAACGAGGACCCCAAAGACGCCCUGCUCCGUGAGUUCCAAGAGGAAAUAGCCCGCCUAAAGGAGCAGCUCGAGGAACGAGGGAUGCUGGCAAAAGAAAGGAGGAGAAAGAGGAGAAACAGUAUGAGGAUUACGAGGAGUAUGAGUAGCGGAGAGGUGGAAACUCCGAGAGAUGGAGAGGUGGGGGUCGUUGAGACGGUUCGGGAGGAGAGUGUGGAGGAAUAUUGGUGGAAGCAGCAGAUGGCCAAGACCUCUGCCAAUUACAAGUCAGAUAUUAGCAGGAAACUUGGCACGGUAGACAAGAAAGCAAAGACUGUGGAAGAGUUGCUGAAGGAGCAACAAGCUAUGGAAAUUAUUAUUGAAAAAUACAAGGUUAUGGAAAGUAAGCUUCUGGUUGGAGGGAAAAACAUCAUUGACCACACCAAUGAACAGCAGAGAAUGCUGGAACUGACGAGGCAGGAGAUUGCUGAACAGGAUAGACAGGAAAGAGAGAUGCAGCAGCUGAUGUUUGAUCAAGAUGAAGAGACGAUUGAACUGAAAGAGACGUUCUCCACUCUACAGCAAGAGGUGGAAUUUAAGACCAAGAAACUAAGAAAGUUUUACAGUAAGCUGCAGUUGGUGAGGUCUGAGAUUGGCGAUAUCAUCAAUGAACAUGUCACAAUGAGGCAGGAACUGGAGCAGACAAUGAAUGAGCUGACUAGAGAGAUGAAAUUCAAAAAUCUGAUCAUUGAGAACUUCAUUCCUCCUGAGGAAAAGAAUAAGAUCAUAAAUCGUCUCCACUUUGAUAGCGAGGAAGACCAGUGGAAAGUCUUACCUCUUUUCCCCUCAGAAAAUAACUCCCCUCUUGUUCGACGAAGGCCAACUUCUGUAGUGGGAUACAAGAGACCAAUUAGUCAGUAUGCUCAAGUUGCCGUGGCAACCGGGUCUCCUUCUAGAUAUAGGGCUGAGAACAUCAUGCUUCUGGAGCUGGACAUUUCUCCACCCACCAUGGUGCCCUUGGAUCUUCAGAGGUCAGAUAUAAGAACCCAAGACUUGAUUCGUGACUUUGUCCAUUAUAGAAAGAAGUCGACUGCAUCACGGGUCAUGAAAGCUAGAUCGUGGUACCAAGGGCCAAGUCAGUCUGCUUCUUCAUCAACCAGCUCUGGGGACUAUGGGCCCCAAUGCCCACCCUCAGCAAUGGGAGCUUGUGCAGCAACAUACCAACCAUGAGCCUGUACAGUGUAUUACGCCUGCAAGCAUAGAAAGCACACUUAAUUAUUCUUUGCACUGUUUUCAUGAGCUUUAAGCAAUGACAUUUGUCGGUUUCAUCAUCUUAAACGGUUAGUUCACCCAAAAAUGAAAAUUCUGUCAUCGUUUACUCAUGCUGAUCCAAACCCGUAAGACUUUCGUUCAUCUUCAGAACACAAAUGAAGAUCUUUUUAAUGAAAUCUGAGAGCUUUCUGUCCCUCCAUUGACAGCCUACGCAACUACCACUCUCAAGCCCUAGAAAGGUAGUAAAGGCAUCAUAAAAGUAAUUCAUGUGACCCAAGUGUUUUAACCUAAAUUUUAUGAAGCAAUGCGAGUGCU